CCUCCUCGCGGGGACAUCUCGAAAGCGGCGCGGGGAUAAAAGGGAGCGGAGCGGGCAGGGACAGUGCGGAGCCCCCUAAGCGGAAGAUCGGGCGGCUGUGUGUGGAAGCGGAGCCCGAGGCGAGUGAGGCCGGACCUGCGAGAUGGCGCUGCGUUUGAAUGUGAAGCUCCUGACGGGAGUCCAGCAUUCCCUGGACACCUCCGCCCAAAAGACCGUCUGGGAUUUCAAAGUCCACGUGGGGCGGAAGACAGGGGUGCCGCCUUAUCAGCAGAAGCUGGCCUGCCAGAACAACACCCACAUUGACCUGCGGGACGGUGCCCAGCUCUCGGAAUACGGGCUGAGAUCGGGGGACACCCUCCUGCUAAUGGUCAAGAACGAGGAACCCAUUUCCGUUCUCCUGAACACUCCCCGGGGCAGAACCAGCACUUAUGAGGUCCUGCCUUCAGACCCGGUGGCCCAGUUCAGAGCCCAGGUUCAGCGCCAGGAGAACAUGCAGCCGGAACAGUUCUGGCUCCUGUACGAGGGGAAACCUCUGGAGGACGGCCACAAGCUGUCGGACUACAACAUUGCUCCCUACAGCACCAUCUUCCUGAACGGGCGGCUCCGGGGCGGCUGAGAUCUGGUGGAUGGCUCAGCCCAGCCGCCCUCCUGGCCUCUUGGACCAGGGUUCCCCAGACUUCCCGAACUUGACCCUCUCCCCACUUCUCACUUAGGCUGCCCCCUGCCUCCUCCCCAACCCGACACCCGUCUUCUGGUAUACAACCUUAGCAGUAUUUAAAUCUAGCACCAGCCGUUCCGCCUUGCCUGAGAGACAGCCGAGAGACUGCCUGCCUUUGGCUCGCCCUCUCCCUGAACUGCUUCCACUCUUGCUGGCCAUGAGAAGAACCUUGGAACUCUACCAAGUACCUUGAGUUUGCUUGCUCUCCUCUUCCCUCCUCACCCCCUUUUCCUCUUGUGUUGACUCUUAGAUUGUAAACCUGAGUACAGGGACUGUCAUUAUAGCGUGCACUUUUCAGCUGAAGGGAGGAGCAGAAAUAUUCUGAAAUUGUAAACGCGAGUUCUCUACUGAUGCUUUUAUCUGAGUUUGGCUCUGCUUUGACGUUUUGUGUGGAUGCUUUUUAGCAGCUGUAAAACACAUCACUAAAUAAAGGAAAGACAAAAUGA